AUGCGACUAGCUCUUCUCCGUCUUUUUUUCGUUUUUGUUUUUCUAUUAGCUUCAUGUGAUGCGAGAUGGUUCGGAAAGUUUGGAAGGCAACAGCCGAAAGGGCUUCCUGUUAUUCUUGUGCCUGGAGACGGUGGGAGCCAGCUGGAGUCGAAUCUAACCGGAAAACCAACAGUGGUGCAUUACGUGUGCUCUAAGCAGACCGCCGACUAUUUCGACCUUUGGCUCAACCUUCAACUCUUCACACCGCUGGUUAUCGAUUGUUGGGCGGAUAAUAUGCAACUCGUCUUCAACUCGACCACUGGAUUAUCCGAUAAUAUGCCUGGAGUCGAUAUACGGGUCGCUGGAUUCGGUGCAACUGAAGGUGUCGAGUGGCUGGAUAAGAGCAAGGCGUCCCAGGGAAGAUACUUUUUUGAUAUUGUCGAUUCGAUGGUUUCUUGGGGAUAUAGACGGGGAAAGGAUGUGGUUGGAGCGCCGUUCGAUUGGAGACGAUCGCCCAACGAACUCAACGAGUACCUCAUUCAACUCAAGACCCUCAUCGAGACCACUUAUCGCUGGAAUGACAACAGGAAGAUCGUGUUGGUUGGGCAUAGUAUGGGCAACCCGUUGUCAUUGUAUUUUUUGAACAAUUAUGUGGAUCAGGCCUGGAAGGACAAAUAUAUCAAUAGUUUCGUGAGCCUCGCCGCACCAUGGGCGGGAUCCAUGCAAAUCGUCAGACUAUUCGCUUCUGGAUACAAUAUGAACUAUUAUCGAGUGAUUUUGCCGCCAAGCAAGUUGAGAGCUAUGCAGAGAUCCUUCACCUCAUCAGCAUUCCUGUUCCCAUCACCGGUAGCAUGGAAACCACACGAAAUCCUGGCUACGACUGCAGAGAAGAACUAUACCGUUCAAAAUAUCAAAGAAUUUUUCCAAGACAUUGACUACAUGACCGGCUGGGAGCAAUACCAACAGGCCGCCCGUCUCAACGGUAACAUCUCGGCUCCAGGGGUCCCCGUCCAUUGUAUCUACGGGACUGGGGUGCCGACACCGGAGAAAUUCGAAUGGGCGCCGGGGUACUUUCCGGAUUAUCCACCGACUGAGUUCAUGGGUGACGGCGAUGGGACGGUGAAUAAGAAGUCGGCGACGGUUUGCACGAAUUGGAUUGGGAAUAAUGGCGGGAAGAAGGUGACGGUUCAUGAGGUAUUUCAGGCGGAUCAUAUGGCUAUUCUCAAACAUCCAAAUGCUAUUGAACUCGUGAGAAAAGCCAUUUUUGAGGAGAUUUGA